AGUACAAUACAACAGUGUAGAAUCAACCCAUUUAACGUGGCUGAAAUUUAAUGGAUAUUGCAUCAAAUCCCAGAAAGCUGCAUUUAUCAACUUAUCUUUUCCAAGAUACCAUCUAAUGUUCAUUCUUUACUGACUUUGUGCUUAAUUUCUGGUAAAAAUGGUCCUGAAAGCUAGCAAGGUAUUGAAAAAGAAGUCGCCAAAAACAUCGCAGAUGACACCCAAGCCUAAAAAGGCCAGACUGUCUUCUAGUUCUCCAAAAAUAGACAGCCAAAAAUCCAUCCUUAAAAAAGUAACUCCUACAGCAAGAGAGAAAAAAAAUGAAUCCAAGAAGGAGCUUAUGGCAUGCCUGAAGAGGUCACCUGAAACCCCACUGGCGGCACCCACAUCAAAGAAAAUGAGACGCACUUUGAGCUCCCAACCUGAAGAGAGUCGGGAGUCCAGCAUCAAAAUUAAAACUGCAGAAAAAAAGCCUAGCAAAGGCAUAAAGAAAAAGCUUUCGACACCUAGAAUUGCUUCCCCUCAACCUGAAGCAGUUGAUGAUUCCCACAGUAUGAAGGAUGCAGUUACCCGCCAAAGGUCUUUGGGUUACAGUGUGCAAGUUGACGAUAUCAACAAAGUGACGAGAGCAAAACUGAUCCAACACUUUGGCAAGUUUGGUACGGUUGUGAAACUUGGUUUAUCCAGUCAGCCUACUAAGAUCUCCAAGUCCUCGGCCUCAGAAGUCAGAGGCAACGUUACCUUUGCCAGCAAAGAUGUUGCUGACUUGGCAAAAGCAGCUAGCCAUCUAGUUGAUGGAUGCGAGAUAGUCAUCAGACCUUGGACGCCCAUCCUACAGAUGGAUAAUGAAGAGAAAGCACCUCAAAGGAUAAAGAAAAAGUAUACCAAUGAAGAUAAGGAACCUCGGGGGAUAAAGCGGAAGAGAAAUGAAACUGCCUCUCCUAGCGGUCAUAAGAUAUUUGUUGGACGUCUGCUUCCCAGUGCCACGUCCGACGAUCUCGAGAAACAUUUCUCGGCUUACGGCGAGGUUUGGGGUGUUUCUCUCCACCACGAUAAAAAGAACAACCCGCCAAAGAAGAGUUUUGCUUUUGUUUCCUUCGCCAACGAGACCGCUAAAGAUGCUGCUCUCAUCGCUGAUCACGAGAUUGAUGGACAACCUAUCUAUGUUGAUGACAGCCGAAAGCCUCCGAGAAACGAAACUGCCACUCCUAGCGGUUAUGAGAUAUUUGUUGGUAGUUUGCAUCCAGAUGCCACGCACGAAGAUCUGAAGAAACAUUUCUCAACUUACGGCGAGGUUUUGAAUGUUUUCUUACACCACGAUAAAAAGAAUAACCCGCCCAAAAAUAAUUUUGCUUAUGUUCGCUUCGCCGAUGAGACCGCUAGAGACGCUGCUCUUGCAGUUGACCACGAGAUCAAUGGAUCCCCUGUACAUGUUGAUGACAACAAAAAGUCCUCGGUAAGCACAGCUCCUCUGCAGGGUGGCAGAUUAAUAGUCAACCCAGAACGGAAGAAGCAGAAGAAAAGCGACGAUAAUAAAGUGUUCAUAAGCAACAUCCCCUACAGCGUCGGGGCUGAGAGCGUCAAGGAACUCUUCUCACAGUUUGGGAAAAUAUCAGACGUGCGGAUGCCACUCGACAGGAACGACGAGCGUUUCAACAGAGGCUUUGCCUUUGUCUCAUUUCUUGACAAGUCGUCGGCUGACAACGCAAUUGCCUCUGAGGAUCUUCAGAUCGAGGGGCGCACUUUAGCUGUAAAACUGUUCAGCAAGAUUGAGAGAACUAAAACUAACACUCCACGCGAUCACGAAGUAUUUGUUGGAAGUCUGCAUCCAGAAGUCACGUCCGACGACCUCGAGAAACAUUUCUCUGCGCACGGGAAGGUUUUAAACGUUUCUAUCCACAACGAUAAAAAGAACAACCCGCCCAGGAAGAGUUAUGCUUAUGUUUCCUUCGCCAACGAGACCGCUAAAGAUGCUGUCCUCGCGGCUGAGCACGAGAUUGAUGGGCACCCUAUAUAUGUUGCUGAAUUACGAAAGAAACAGAUUGACGGUCAUGCCUUGGGUGUUGAAGAAGGAAAGGUCUCGAUGGACAAACAGUCGCUGUUUGUUCUCGGCUUGAACAGGAAGACAUCAGCCGCGACGCUUGCGCUUCACUUCGGUCGCUACGGGGAAGUCUCUGGCGUCGCAAUGGAGGAAGACGCAAGCGGCGGCAGCUGCGCGGUGGUCACGUUCAGCGACGAUGCCAGCGCUUCGGCAGCUCUCGCGGAAGAUCACCAGAUCGACUAUUCAUUCGUCACGAUUCACAGGCACAAGAUCACAUCAAACAAUGAAAGGUCCAGAAGAGACAGAGGAAAGACGUGUGACCGGCUCAACCGCAGAAGUGAUGAAAAUGAAGAUGAUAAUAGUGAUAUUGAUGAAAAAGAAGACGAUGAUAGUGAUAUUGAUAACAAUGAAGGCGAUGAUAGUGAUAUUGAUGAAAAAGAAGACGAUGCUGACAGUGAUAUUGAUAAAAAUGAAGGCGAUGAUAGUGAUAUUGAUGAAAAAGAAGACGAUGAUGACAGUGAUAAUGAUGAAAAUGAAGACGAUGAUAGUGAUAUUGAUGAAAAUGAAGACAAAGAUUGUGAUAGUGAUGAAAAGGAAGAUGCGAGUGUAAAUGACGGCCGGGACGUGGAUAAAAAUGGAAGUCGAGAGGGUAAUGAAAGCGACUUGGAUGAAAAUGCAGCCGGCGAGAGUGAAGAAGAAAGUGAUUGUUAGCUGAAAAGUUUGAUCGUCACCUGGCGAAGAAUUCUUGUGGAUCCGAAACGUGACGGGUCACUGAUUGAAGACCAGAGGGCUAGCGUUGCAAACUCGUGUGCCGUAUAAUUAUAAAAAGUCGACCACGAAAGUGAUGCAAAAGA